AGAGGGAGAGGCAGGGGAGGGGGAGAGAGGUUUGGAGAGCAGUCACCGAGGAACAAACUCGUCUAACAAACUGAAGAAUCCCGCGGAGUCCAGGAAAGUUUGGAGAGAAAAUAGUUGCAGAUAUUUUUUAAAGUUUUAAAAGUUGAAGACAAUUCCGAACUUCUGAAUUCUGGACUUUAAGAAUCUUUACUUUCUUGCUUCAGUCCGGUCGAUCGGGUUUGCAACAUUUGUUUAACAAAAGACGUGCCUAAUUCAAAAGAGGAGCGAGAAGGUUUCAGGAAAGCUUGUGCAGAUGGUCAACUUGCUGAGCGAGGCGGCGUUAAACGGACGGGCGCUGGUGGCUGCCGCUUCAUCCCUUCCUUCACCCAGCUCCGUCUCCAAACGCAACCCAUGUCUCAAUGUCUCUAACUAAUGGCAAGGGCUGCCCUCAGCGCGGAGCGGCGGCGCUGGGACCCUCGCAUACCCGCCACACAGGCAAUGGAAGUGAAGACAGAGAGGACCAGGUACUGUUGAGAGAGGACACUGCACCAUUUGACGAGCAGGAGAUGGAGAAGAAGACUGGGAGUCUCACCUCACCAGCAGAUACCGUAACGUGUCAACCCCAGGCUGCUCCUUCAACAAGCUCCAUCACACCGGGAAAUGGUGCUCUGACCACGGUACCGUCACCAAACGCCACGGGACAGGACUCGCAGCCGAACAGCUCCACCACCACAGCCGCUGACAGGCCACACAACCCGGCUCCUCUCUCACCGCUCGGAGCCAGGGUGCAGGGCAGCAACGUGGUGUGCUCCACACCCUCCAUCUCUCAUGGCAAGCACGGCAAACUGCAGUCCUUCCCCUCCAUCAACAGCCACAGCAGCAAGAAGAGCAAGUCCAGCUCCCGAUCCACAGCAUCACAGAUCCCUUCUGACGCAGAGCAAGACUGCUGUGUGCACUGUAUCCUGGCCUGCCUCUUCUGCCAGUUCCUCACACUGUGCAACAUCGUGCUGGACUGUGCCACAUGUGGAUCGUGUAGCACCGACACCUCGUGCUGCUUCUGCUGCGGCUCUGAGGAGUGUGCGGCUUGCGACCUGCCCUGCGACCUGGACUGCGGCAUUGUGGACGCUUGCUGUGAGUCAGCCGACUGCCUGGAGAUAUGCAUGGAGUGCUGCGGUCUCUGCUUCUCCUCCUAAAUGUGAAUCCUGGGGGAGCCCGCACUUUGGCCUUGCAGAGGCUAGAGCUGCACCCUUGGUGGGUGAGGAAGCCUCCCGGGUCCCCACCACCAGCGAGGAGCGGUCCGCAAAUCUCUUUGACCCAAGACAGACACACGGUGGUGAAGACAGAAAGAUGAAGGGAUGUGGUAGUGAUGUUAGUGACCGCUACUUCAGUCUUUGUUUGCAGGGUGGAAGAUUUGUCAAAUGCUCAAACUCUACAAUCAAUCUUCAAAGCUCUUUGUCAACACACCUGUUGAAAUAUUCCUUGGAUAAUCUCGUGGAAUCCACACUUCUUUUCAAGGGGCAGGAUCCUGGUGUUUCCAGUUUGGAGGUGGAGCACUGAAGAAGGUUUUGUGGGUGGAUGGUUGUUGAGGGCAAGCCAGUCACCGCGAGUGAGAACUCGUAAAGAACUGCAGGUGUUUAAGAAGGAACCGCAGAUGCUGAAAAAUCGAAGGUGGACAAAAGUGCUGGAGAAACUCAG